AAAUGCUUAAAGUGAACAACUUAAGAUAUUAAAAUGAAGAAUCGCGGCGAGUUGAAAAUCGAUAUGUAUGGCCUUUUGAAUAAGUUGAUCCACUUGUUUUGGUGUUUGCCGCUUUCUCUUUCUUCCCCUAAGGACAACACAGAAACCCCUUGUUAUUCCCGCUCUCUCUCCGUGUAUAUCUCGUCUCUAUCUUCACAGUUAUCUGUCUAAUAUAAGCAAAGGUUUUAUUAGGGUUUAGUUUUUAGUGAGGUUUAUCACUCUCAAGCAGAAGGUGACUGUGAAAUGCGGCAAAGGGAUGCAGAAACUGCUAAGCAGAAGCCCACAGUUACCACCUCCGCUCCUAUCCCUUAACCCUCUUUCUUUCCCUUUUUCUCACCCCGUAGUGUUUUACAAAAACAACCCACUUCCUUCAACUAUGACUUCUGCCGCACUCCACCGCCUUCACCAUACCCCUCUCGGUAAACCCUUUUCGGGUUUCCGGAAUAUGGCUGCUGAUUCCUCUGUUAGGGCAGUUGUUCCUCGUGUUAAUGAUUGCCGUAUUUGUAGAUGCUCUCUUGAUACUGCGCCCACCGUGAGGGCUUGGGUUAUUAUGAAGCAGAGUUGUGGUAGUAGGACUAGUGCUGCCUGGUUCGGCACCGUUGCUUCCGCUUCUGGUUCAGAAAAGGGUGUUCCGGUGACUUCUGCUGAGGAGGGGGAGAAGGAUUUGGAUAAUGAGGAGAAUGUGAGUAGCUCAGUGGAGAAGCCAGUGUUGGCGGCUAGGUUGCAUAGGAGACAGAGGGGUGGUGGUGGUGGGGAAGGAGCGGUUCUGGCUAGUCCAGAUUUGCUAACAAUACCGGGUGUUGGGCCAAGGAAUUUGAGGAAGUUGGUACAGAAGGGUUUUAUGGGUGUUGAUCAGCUCAAACAACUCUACAGAGAUAAGUUUUUUGGAAAAUCUAAUGAGAAGAUGGUUGAGUUCCUACAAAGCUCAGUUGGAAUCAUUCACAGAAACCAUGCUGAAAGUAUCACCACAUUUAUCAGAAAGAGUGUGGAUGAAGAGUUGAAGGAGCAGAACUCAGAUUCCGAUGUGAAGUCGGCACAUAAGAAACGACUUACUUUCUGUGUUGAGGGAAAUAUUAGUGUUGGAAAAACAACCUUUCUGCAGAGAAUAGCUAAUGAGACACUUGAAUUGCAAGAUCUUGUUGAAAUAGUUCCCGAACCUAUUGCCAAGUGGCAGGAUAUUGGGCCAGAUCACUUUAACAUAUUAGAUGCAUUCUAUGCGGAACCGCAAAGAUAUGCUUACACAUUUCAAAACUAUGUUUUUGUAACGAGAGUUAUGCAGGAGAGAGAAUCAUCUGGUGGUAUCAGGCCCCUCAGGUUGAUGGAGAGAAGUGUGUUCAGUGACAGGAUGGUCUUUGUGAGAGCUGUUCAUGAAGCAAACUGGAUGAAUGAGAUGGAGAUCAGCAUUUAUGACUCAUGGUUUGACCCGGUUGUUUCAACUUUGCCUGGACUGGUUCCCGAUGGUUUUAUUUAUCUUAGAGCGAGCCCUGAUACAUGUCACAAGAGAAUGAUGUUGCGUAAGAGAACAGAGGAAGGUGGAGUUUCCUUGGAAUAUCUGCAAGGUUUGCAUGAGAAGCAUGAAAGCUGGCUUUUCCCAUUUGAAAGUGGAAAUCAUGGGGUAUUGUCUGUUAGUGAGCUACCCCUGAACUUUGACAAAUCUGUACCCCCAGAAAUAAGGGAUCGUGUUUUUUAUCUGGAGGGCAAUCACAUGCACCCAAGUAUUCAAAAGGUUCCUGCAUUGGUUCUUGACUGUGAGCCUAACAUUGACUUUAACAGAGACAUUGAAGCAAAGAGGCAGUAUGCUCGCCAAGUUGCUGAUUUCUUCGAAUUCGUAAAGAAGAAGAAAGAAGUCUUGCCAGGAGCUGCAGAAGAACCACCUAAGGUCAAUCAAGCAUCAGUUAUGCUGCCUCAAAAUGGUUUGUGGGUACCUGAUGGAAAGUUCUCGGAGUCUGCAUUGGAUUUCAGACGAAAUAUGUCGUUCAUGUCUCACUAAGUGCAUGUUGCUUAUUCUUGCCAUAUCCAGUAGUUUUAGGAAGCAAUGUGCUUAUUUUCUCCUUGUAAAAAUGUGUUUCGGCUACUCAAAGCUUUUAACCUGCAGCGGUGUAGGAGUAGGUUGUAUGUGGAUGUUGCUAGACGAUGUUGAUUAGUAAAAGUUUUGUUUUCAUUUCAA